GUGCGCCUGGGGCUGAGGCUGGGGCUGCAGCCAUGGGGCUGGGUCGGCCCCAGGCCUGGUUGCUGGGCCUGCCCACGGCUGUGGUCUAUGGCUCCCUGGCCCUGUUCACCUCCGUUUUGCACAAUGUGUUCCUGCUCUACUAUGUGGACACCUUUGUGUCGGUGUACAAGAUCAGCAAAGUGGCCUUCUGGGUCGGAGAGACGGUGUUUCUUCUCUGGAACAGCCUCAACGACCCGCUCUUUGGCUGGCUCAGUGACCGCCAGUUCCUCAGCUCCCAGCCUCGGUCAGGCGCCGGGCUCUCUUCGAGGGCUGUGGUGCUGACACGGGUGCGGGCACUGGGCUGGCAUGGGCCGCUGCUGGCGCUGUCGUUCCUGGCGUUCUGGGUGCCCUGGGCCCCUGCCGGCCUGCAGUUCUUGCUGUGCCUGUGCCUCUAUGACGGCUUCCUGACGCUCGUGGACCUGCACCAUCACGCCUUGCUGGCCGACCUGGCCCUCUCGGCCCACGACCGCACCCACCUCAACUUCUACUGCUCCCUCUUCAGCGCGGCUGGCUCCCUGUCUGUCUUUGCAUCCUACGCCUUUUGGAACAAGGAGGACUUCUCCUCCUUCCGCGCCUUCUGUGUGGCACUGGCCGUUGGCUCUGGGCUGGGCUUUCUGGGGGCCACACAACUGCUGAGGCGGCGGGUUGAGGCGGCCAGAAGGGAGCCGGGGUGCUCAGGCCUGGCUGUGGAUGGCGGCCUGUGUGGAGAGGAGCCGCUUGCGGGCAGCGAGGAAGUGGGUAGCAUCACCCUGGGCCAGUACCUCCGGCAGCUGGCGUGCCACCAGAACUUCCUGUGGUUCGUGGGCAUGGACCUGGUGCAGGUCUUCCACUGCCACUUCAACAGCAACUUCUUCCCUCUCUUCCUGGAGCAUCUGUUGUCAGACCACAUCUCCCUUUCCACUGGCUCCUUCCUGCUGGGCAUCUCCUACGUCGCUCCCCAUCUCAACAACCUCUACUUCCUGCCCCUCUGCCGGCGCUGGGGUGUCUACGCUGUGGUGCGGGGGCUCUUCCUGCUCAAGUUGGGCCUUAGCCUGCUCAUGCUGCUGGCUGGCCCGGACCACGCCAGCCUGCUCUGCCUAUUCAUUGCCAGCAACCGUGUCUUCACUGAGGGCACCUGUAAGCUGCUGACCUUGGUGGUCACUGACCUGGUGGACGAGGACCUGGUGCUGAACCACCGCAAGCAGGCGGCCUCCGCGCUCCUCUUUGGUAUGGUUGCCCUGGUAACCAAACCAGGCCAGACCUUUGCCCCCCUGCUGGGCACCUGGCUGCUCUGCUUCUACACAGGUCAUGACCUCUUCCAGCAGCCGCCAAGGACCCCUGUGGGCAGUGCCCAGCCCUGGCCAGAGCCCCCCGCCCCGGCCCCUGCCCAGGCCCCAGCUCUCCGCCAGGGCUGCUUCUACCUGCUGGUGCUGGUGCCCAUCACCUGUGCUCUGCUGCAGCUCUUCACCUGGUCCCAGUUCACGCUGCACGGGACACGCCUGCACAUGGUCAAGGCCCAGCGCCAGCACCUGUCACAGGCCCAAACCCUAGACGUUAAGAUGGUGUGAGAGGUGCUGUAAGGCCACCCUACUGAGGACGCUGCCUGCAGCCUAGGGCAGGAGCCACUACUGCCUGCCUGGAGGACAGUGGGCAGCGCGGGAGACCAUGGGCCGAACCAGGAGGGUCACUGGGCUGAGUCCCCGCUUGGCUGUCGGGCUCAGCAUGGGCAAGGGCUGGCGCUGUGUGCUCAGGGACCUGCUUCCUCAUAGGCAGGAGGAAGAGGACCAAGAAGGGGGGGCUGCCCCAGGGCCUGGAGGCCUCUCUGCUGCCUGGCCAGGGCCCACCACUCGGGUGGGCUCAGGGACAGGUUCUGACGGGGCUGACCACUCAGGUGGGCUCAGGAACAGGUUCUGACGCUGCAACUGCGCCAUUUGCCCAGCUGGAAAGCUCGUCAUAAGUCCCCACUGCCCCCUCCUCCCUGCCUUCUAGGAGUUUCUCUCAGAGGGUUCUCUGCUUCAGCUGUGCUUGAAGUAGUGCACCCCCUGCUGCAGGACUCCUCUCAUUGCACUGGAUUAAUUAAAGUCAGUCAUUCCAGUCGUCA